GCAGCACUUUGCUUCGAGAACUGAAAAAGCUCGAUGACAAGAUACUUUUGGUGGAGGUACAACUAAUGGAAAGCCAAGUUUACUACCGUGUGGGCAAUCUGCAGAAGUCGCGUGCUGCCCUCACUUCCUCUCGAACAACUGCCAACAGCAUCUACUGCCCCCCUCGACUACAGGCCUCCCUGGACCUGCUGUCUGGCAUACUUCACGCUGCUGAUGAACGCGAUUUCAAGACCGCCUACUCCUACUUUUACGAGGCCUUUGAAGGUUUCGAUUCCAUCAACUCUCCGCGUGCCGUGGACGCUUUGACUUAUAUGUUGCUGUCAAAAAUCAUGACCAAAAGCCCGGAAGAAGUGCCAGUGAUCCUGUCAAGUAAACUGGCUUCCGCGUACAACCAGCGACCGGUCGAAGCGAUGCGAGAGGUGGCACUAACAGCAAAAAACCGCUCUCUCUCCGAAUUUUUGAGGUUGCGUGAAACUUACAAGACGGAAUUACUGGGUGAUCCUGUGAUCUCACAACAUCUUACCUCCUUCUACGAUACGCUUCUCGGCCAGAACUUGAUCAAAUUAAUUGAGCCAUACUCCCGCGUGCAGAUUAAGCACAUUGCUGAGCUUAUUAAUCUGCCGUUGGCAAACGUCGAGAAGAAGUUGUCUCAAAUGAUUCUGGACAAACAACUGAACGGUAUUCUUGACCAAGGCAGUGGAAUGCUCGUCCUUCGCGAUGAACCCUACGACAGUCGGGAUUACAAAGUUGCACUGGAA